CGUUAUGAAAUGGGGAUUUAGUAAUCAUGAUAGAUUUACAAUCCAGAAUUCGAUCUUCCAUUGGCAGCUAGCUGUUUCUUGUCACCUCAAACAGUCUUACUUAGCACGUCUUUGAAUAGAGUUGCAGAAAGGGUUCCAGUUGGAAGUGUGCAGUGAAUAAGAACCAAUAAACAACGUGACCGAGCACCUGGAAAGCCUGUAAAAUGGAAAACUUUGAAUUUCCAUUCUUGAAUGAUUACUUCCUGAACGAAGAAUCACAACAACCCGAAGGUGAAGUUGCUGAUAAAAAUGAAGCGGUGGUAGGGCCACGGAUAACGGCUGACUGUUAUCGGCUAGGAUCAACCGGUAAUGCCCUUCAUCAAGCCAUACGAAAAGGCCGUGAAAAGGAAAUUGAAGCACUACUAGACGUGUAUCUAGCUGACUUGCAAAAGAUUCGCAACUAUCUGGUGCAAAAGUAUCAAUGGGAUCCGAACGAUAAGAUUUGGAUGAGGAAAGCUAAUUUGAUAGCAGUUGAUGAAGAAAGCUGCAGAAAGUGCAAGGUACUGGAGAAGAGCUCAAGUGGAUGCUCUGAUUUACAGCGCGCAAUUUUCAUUGUCCUGAAGAGUCCCAUCAACGGUGAAGAUGUAGCUGUUUUGCACCCUUCUCGACAUAAUCGAAUGGGUUUGUUCCGAUUGGUUCGAGAGCUUCUGCCCAACGGAUGUCUCUCGUGGGAUUACCCGGGACAUCAGACGGAUCCCAAUGGGAAAAACGAAACAUUUGUAGAGACGGCAGCUUCGUGCGGAAGGCAUAACUUGAUUACGAGGCUCUUUGAGCUUGGAGCUGCACUUGGAUUUCCGGGACAUAAUGCCCUGGUGGCCGCAUGUACAACACAACGAGAGAACACGAUACGUUGGUUGUUGACUAAACAUUUUGAUCAUUUUGAUUUCACGCAGAAGAACGAUUCGCAAAUGAACGGAUUUCAUAUCCUUCUGCAAAGAAACAGAGCUGAACUUAUGGAUUUUGUUCUGCAGAAAAUGAUUAGCUAUAGAACGAAGUACUUUAACGAAACGGAAUCGGAAGCCUUCAACCGCGUAUUUCACUGUGAAGAAUAUGAAUAUUCAUCGACACUGUCACUGAUGAGGAAGGGCCCUGCAAGUAACAAAAUUGAAGAGUACAUUGAGAAAUACGGCCUAGAUCUAUCCUACCAGUGGAAAGGCGUAACCACACUGGAACACGUACUGCGUCGGAAGCUGGCAUUGGAUUUCUGCUGGGGAGCGAUUCGACAAACCCCUAAACUGUUGGGGUUGAUUGUGAGCGAAGGAACCACAAUCGUACACGUGUGUAUUGAAUUAGGACAUCUGGAAUUCUUGAAGGAAAUGUACCAAAUCCACCCCGAAGCCAAACAGUAUUUCGAAACAGAUGGAAGUUUUGCUUGCCUGGAAGGAGUGCUUCACAGCAAAUGUCACGAUGCUGUUUCGUUUAUCUUCGACAAUCAUAUUGACUUCUUCUUGAAGCAUAUGGACAGAGUGAAAAGUCAAGUAAUAUCGAGCAUUCAAAACUACCAGGACGUUUAUGAAGCCAAUUAUUAUCUACUGACCAAAUAUUUUCCUUCACUCAAGAACGAUUUGGAGGAGAGAAGGACGAGCGAACCAGAGUUCCAUACAUGGCAAGAUUUCCAGGAGGCAUUUCGGAUGUACGACUUACAGUUCAAGGAGUCCGCAAUCAUAACCAAUGACCCUACCCAACCGUUGAACACCAUCAGAGGCUGUAAAGGCUUAACACUUCUUCACUAUGCCGUAGAUAAACACAACAUAGAGCUGUUCCUCAACCUCCAGGAAUCUGGUUGCGACAUUGAUGCAGUUGAUGACGACGGAAACCAUCCGAUACACUUUGUACAAAGCAUUGAAAUGCUUGAUUUAAUUACCGAUAAGCAUCCCGAUGGACAAUCUCUGGUACACCGUACUAACGCCCAAGGUCAAACGAUCCUGCACAGAAUUUUCUCCUUCUCAAUUGAUUUCGAACCACUCAACAGCUUGAUGGAAAAGAUUAUUUCCUAUGGUGCAGACGUCAACUUACAAGACAACAAUGGCGAAUCUAUUGCCUUCCUGAUAAGCAACGAUGAUCAGCUAACAAUCCUUGAAAAGUAUAACCUCAACUUGGAAUUAGUCAACCGAGCAGGUGAAUCGGUCCUGGAAAGGCAUCUGAAGUACCGAAACGUUUUUCUAGCACGGGACCUACUCCGCCAUCUUCACACAAAGCCUUCGUUCAAAGACCAUGCCCACAAAUACCUUGAGCCAUUCAUGUUAAGCAAUCGAGAUUUUUUCAGCUGUGACUAUCAACCCUUCCUGGAAGACCAUCCCGACACAACCAAGCUCAUUUUCGAUUCGGUUUACCACCAUUCUCGUGAGGAAGCAUCGCGGCUGUUCUGCAAGGCCGCUGGAAGUGCUCACAUCUUCAUAACGGAGAAGUUUCUCGAGUUCGAUUACGACUUGGACUACAACUAUCAGGAUCAGGAUGGGUACACGCCUAUUGUGGGCCUUCUCAGCUAUAUGGAAGAACCGAACCUACACCUGGUAGAACAAGUGCUGGCGAAAGGCGUUGAUUUGGAGAUCCGGAAUAGCUGGGGUAGAACUGCGCUGUUGAUGUUCGUCGAUCGGUUUGGAUCUGCGAAAUGGUAUGGACAUGGUGUAGGCACUGCGGAAUUGCUUCUUGAUCAUGGUGCGUCGAUUAAUAGUAGCGACAGUAACGACGGAAAUACUGCCCUACAUUAUGCGUUUCAGAAUCACGAUUUGUGUAUUGCGGAAUUGUUGAUUGAGCGAGGUGCUGAUCUGAAGGCAAGGAACAAGGAAGGAAGAAAACCUCUGGAUAUGGUUUCAAAGCAGAUUUAUGAGUUGAUCAAGUUUUUGGAAUACGAAGGGUAGAAUUGUUCAAAACAUGUGAUUUUUUUUUAUUUAACAAUAAAUUAAUGACCUAAGUAUUUCCAAAGUAUAUGCUACUACUACCAAAAUAAACACAAAUGUUCUAUAUCCUCACCACUUAAACAUGCCUUAGCAGUUUUUUUAAAUCGAGAAAAAAAUCAUUACAUAUCUUGAUAAAUGAUCAUUUUUUUUUUAAAUUUUGUGUAUACAGUGAUAGACAUUCGUUUAGCAGAGGCCAAAAAAUUUUCAAAAAAGUGUCAGGAAACUCAUACAAAAGAUUUUAUGAUAAAACUUUUUUAUGUUAGUGAUAGUACAUCUAGUACUGUUUAAAAAAAAAAUGUGAUACAUCAUACUUACAUAUACACUGAAACAAAAACAAGGGUAAAAACCCUUCAAAUGUCAUUUUUUGCCUAGACAUUCGUUUAGCCGAGGUAAAUGAAAAAUUGGUUUUCAAUAGAUUUUUUUUGCAAUUUCGUGAGUAUAUUUCGAGGAUAUGCCCCAAGGCAUUUAGUUUCUGACGUGUUAGCAAGAUAGUUGACCUUAAAAGUUUAUUUAUUUGUGAAAUUCAGAGAAAUAUUAUAAAAAAAUAUCCCGAUAAGGAGAAGCGAUGAUAAACAAAUUUAUUUAAGAAAAAUGAUUUCUGUAAACACUCAAACGUAAGCUAGAUUAGCAGUUUUGAAAAUAUGACACAGAAUUAUUGUUAGAAAUGUUCAAAUUAUUGCAUAAAAUGUCAUGAGAAAAAUAAGUAUAUUGGUUUUUGGUUGGUUAAACCGUAAAAUGGGAUUGAUAGAAGUUAAAAUAAAUAGUUCUGCGUUGAAAUAAAGGCGUGACCUAAUGCCUGUGGAGUAUACCUGUUUGAUACUAGCAUUACCAAAUGAAUUAGAAGACUGCUAAGUGAAAGAACUGCAAGAAGUGUCAGAAUUUGUGUACCCUGUUUAUUAGAAAGCAGAUGCUCAUACAAAAAUGCAAGAUAUGGUCAAACAAUUGGCUUAUUUCAUUCAAUCUGAAGAAAUAUAUUAUAAAUGAGUCUUAGUUUUGAACCACAUUCAUUUUAAACAUGAUUUAUUUGAACAGAACGUCUAAAUUAUGAUACAAGUAGUUCAUGCUAGAAAUUUGAAUACUUUCGAUGCCAUUUCUCGAAAAGUGAACCGUCCAAUGUAUGUUAUUUCAUCCAGAGUACAGUCUAGAAGAUAUUGGGAGCUAUUUGAAGACGUAAUAGUAGUAAACGCUGUGAUUUAUGCAAGUCAAACCAUCAUAUUUCAUCAAAACAAUACUUAAAUACGUGAUUUUCUGAUGGUUUCCGUUAUUUCUUUCUGUUAAAAACACUGUUUUUCGUAAAUUUUCAACCUGCACUCGUCAUGAAACUUUCAUUAGAUUCUUUUGAAACACUUCCGAUAAAAAUAACUACAUCAAAUCUCAAUUUGGUAACAUUUACAAUAUUAUGACAUAUUUAUAUGAGAUGCAUGUAAAAUUAAUAUGGCAACACUUCCGAAAACGAUCAAAUUCAUGAUAUACAAGCCGAUCUACAAUGCAGGUCGCCAUACAAAAUGAUUUUGUUGGAUAUUUUUCGAAAUUUGUUAGUUUUUUAUUAUGGAAUUCUAAAAAUUGUACAAUUCGGCUAAACGAAUGUCUAGGCAAAAAAUGACAUUUGAAUGGUUUCUACCCUCGUUUUUCUUUCAGUGUAUAUAUAAGUGUGAUGUAUCACAUUUUUAUAAAACAGUACUAGAUAUACUAUGAC